UAUUUGUAUUUCUUUAAGCAAAAGAAAACAGACUUGUUCAUUUUCCAACUUCGGUUUAGAAAAAAAAAAGGAGACGUCGUCGUCUUCUAGCUUCUGAUUAAGUCUGAUAAAUUAUGCCCCUAAAUCUGUAAUUCUCCAAGGAUUCGGAUUCGAUCGAUGAAAGCUUCUCAAAUUUUGGCGGCUGCAGCGGCGAGGGUUGGACCGGCGUUAAGGAAGCAAGUAUUAACCUUAACGGACGAAGCUGCUUCUAGGGUUCAUCAUCUCUUGCAACAGCGUCAAAAACCUUUUCUCCGAUUAGGCGUUAAGGCUCGUGGCUGCAACGGCUUGUCGUACACUCUCAAUUACGCCGAUGAGAAAGGUAAAUUUGACGAGUUGGUAGAAGAGAAAGGUGUGAGGAUCCUUGUUGAACCAAAGGCCUUAAUGCAUGUGAUUGGAACAAAGAUGGAUUUUGUAGAUGAUAAACUCAGAUCAGAGUUUGUGUUUAUCAAUCCUAACUCACAAGGACAAUGCGGGUGUGGUGAAUCGUUUAUGACAACAUCUACCUCUAGUGCUAAGCAGAGUGCUAGUUAACACACAGUGAUGCGUUUACAUUUGUGAUUACACUCAUAUAUUAUACUGUUACUGGAAUUGGCGUUAAUGAGAAACAAAUACUUUUUAAUAAGAAUUGAGUUUUAUGUUUGUGCGCUACUUUCAGGCAUUAGAUUGGUCACUUUAUUGCAUAUACACAUUAGAAGCUCAUGUUGUUGCUUAGAGAUAUUUCUGAAGCUAUGUAUUUAGUGGAACGGAUAAUCUUGAGAUUAAUUAAUGUAUUCCUUAUCCCCAAAGUUAUAAAAUGUUGGAUUACAUAAACUAUUUUUUAUGGUUA